GAGUUCACAGAAGUCUCCGCGCUGCACACGACGCCUUCUUUUCUGAGCGUUAAAUAAAUGUUUGCUCAAACGCCGUGCUGUUUUCAGUUACCUUACGCGCAUUAAGUCUUUAAGUGUAUGAGUCAAUCAGUGACAAUGUGCUCCAGUCUGUUGCAAUCGUUCCAGUUGAGACCUUUUUUUCUUCUUCUGUAAAAUAUCCUGUUGUCUAAUAUCUCACCCAUCUCACAGUUUCACUCUCGGAAAAUAUUCUACCUCGCAGUCGAGUGAUUCAUUUUCACAUUCACGCCUUCCGAAUCAUUUAAAAGAUCCGGUUCAUGUCCGUGAUUCGCUGAAGAAUCGGACACCACUAGCCAUACCGCACUCAUAACUCUUCAUUAAAAGACUGCACGCACACUCUAGGUACUACAUGGCAAUCAUCUGUUUGCCCACUACGACUGUUGUUGUCAUUAGUCAGAUAAGGCUGUGAUAAUGUGUUUCCUCAUGCGAUCAGCUGAGUUGUUGCUCCUCCCUUGGCAGCAGUGAAUCUCGCCGGAGUUCAAGAAGACGGAGCCCAGCGCAGCAGACAUGGCUAUGCUCACAACAGAUCCUCAAACUGAUGUGAUCGAUGCAGAAUAUGAGGAAUACCUCUGCCCCGUGUGUCUGGAGAUAUAUAUCUCUCCGAUGACCACAGACUGCGGACAUACAUUCUGUGAAAGCUGCCUUAAGGAGUGCUUGCGGCCUCAGAAACCUGUGUGUGCAGUCUGCAGGUCUGACCUACACAAGUGGAAAAAAGCAGAUGAUAUACAAAAUGAGAUGAAAAGAUCAAUCGGAAAGUGCAAAGGCUGUAAAAAUGAGGUUCUUUUGUCUGACAUGAGAACCCACACAGGGGUUUGCUCUAAAUAUCAAGACUUUAUCAAGGAAGGCAUGAAGGCCAUUUCAAAGAACCAGCCUUCCACUGUCAGGUUGUCUCCACUCCUGCAGGUGUGUCCGAUAUGUGCCUCAAUGCCCUGGGGUGACCCUAAUUACAGGAGCGCUGACUUCUUUCAGCACCUCAGAAUGAGACAUGCUUUUUCCUAUGACACCUUUGUGGAUUACUCCACAGACGAGCAAGCCAUGAUCCAGGAAGCUUUACAGCGCUCUCUCAUGGAAAACUGAUGCGCGGAACAUAUGGAUCCCCAGCUGAACGCCACCAAAAAUCAAUGCUUAUGCUUACAAAAAGAAAGAAAUACGUUGGGAUUCAGGGCUAUUGUGAUAUAUAUUAUUCUACACACACUAAUGUUGGUCAGGCCAAAGUUCCUAUUGGUGUAAUUUUGGAGAUUUACUUAUUUAAACGGAGUCAUAUAUAGCAUAUAUUCAUAAAUAAAAUAUUCCCAUAUACAUUCUUAGCUGUCAAAAUACAUAAAUACAUACUGCCCAUUUAUAAUUAAUUAAAGUUAUAUAACUGAUUUUUGUUUCUAUAGUAUAGUUUGCGUAGCAGAUUGUCAGAUUUUGUGGCACUGGAGCAGAAUAGUCUGAUAUAGAUACAUAAGGUGAGUCUUGUCAGAAGCUUUUAGGGUAGAAAAUAUUGAUAUUGAUAUGAUCAAUCAUUAAGGUCACUGUUUUGAGUGUGUCAGCUAAUGCAGAGGUAAGUUAGAGGAAGCAAAGGAAUAAGCUUUUUCUGUUGGUGUGUUUUGUAUUAUGUGAUGCUUUUAAGAAGUUCAACUGAACCCUUGUUAGAGCUGUGUUUCACUUUGCAGUUAAGUGUUCAGCUAUGUACUGAAAUGAGUUUAUGUUCGAACCAGUAGGGGGCAGUAUUGUAUCAUUAGUCCACCACGUUGUUUAUUGUCUCUGUGCUCUCUGACCCAAGCAGUGCUCACUUAGUGUAGCUACUGACAAGUACAUGACUUGAUCUGACUGUGUACUGAUAGACUCUGCCCUUAAAGGGAUAGUCCACCCCAAAAUGAAAAUCUUGUCAUUAUUUACUCUCACUUUGUUGUUCAAACCCUGUAUGCAUUUAUAUUCUGUGUGGAACUCAACAGAAGAUAUUAUGUACAGAAAAUAUGUACUAAGUUGUUUUGGACCACACUGACUUACAUUAUAUAGAUAAAACGGAUCUUCUUCUGUGUUUUACAGGAGCAGGAGUCAUUCAGGUUCAGAAUGUCAUGAGGGCGAGUAGAAGAUGAGAGGAUUUGCAUUAUGGGUGAACUAUUCCUUUAGGCUCCUAAUACAUUUAUGUAACCCAGUAGAGGGCGUUAGUCGAACUGCACAUAGCAGUUUUAUAAUAUGUUAAAGUUAGUCCGUUUAAUUGGCAGUAGUUUGAAAUCCUGCAAUCUAUUGAACCAAAUUGUAAUUUUGCGUUCGAUAAAGUCAAACUUGUGUUGCAUGCUGUUUGAUGUGGAUUUUACCACUGUGAAGAUAAGUCAUAUCCUGUGCCUGUUUCAUUCAUGCGUUAUUAUUAGUGCUUAAUGGUGAUGAUUCAUUGACCUGUACGUUUUUUGGGUGAAUUGGUUUUGUAUAGUUAAUAAACCUUUUCUCAAAAGCCUUUUAAAUGUGUGUCAAAUGAAACUGCUGUAGCAUUAUCUUUUCUCAAUCCUUGAUUGUGUUACUGGAAGCAUGUUCAAAAACACACUUUAUUACUUC